AUGUCUGCAAGCGAGCUUGCUUGUACCUAUGCUUCUUUGAUCCUUCAUGAUGACGGCCUCUCAAUCACUGUAAAUCUCGAUAUUAUCUCUAUUGAUCUAUUCUAUUGUACUUCUCGUUCUAUAAAUAUAUUCAGCCGUUACAUUCACUGGCAGGCCGAGAAGAUUGCUACAUUGGCAAAAGCUGCAAACGUGAAAGUGGAGUCGUACUGGCCAAGUCUCUUUGCAAAGCUUUUGGAGAAGAGGAAUAUUGAAGACCUCAUCAUGAACGUUGGCUCUGGUGGAGGUGGUGCUGCCGCCGCCACAGUUGCUAGUCCAGCAGGUGGUGCCGCUGGCGCCCCUGACGCUCCCGCAGUUAAGGAGAAAAAGGAAGAAGCCAAAGAAGAGAGUGAUGAUGAGAUGAUGUUCAGCUUGUUUGAUUAGAGACUCCUUUCAUUAUGUUUAGUUCCUUAUUUUCCAAGAAAAGUUAGGUCUUACUUGAGUGGUUACAGAUCAAGGUUUUGUUUUAUUCUUUGCGAGAUUGGGAUUGGUGGUUGUGUGUGUUAAACAUUAUGGUAUAGAUUUUCUUAGAAUAUUUGAAUUUUUUGAUUUUUUUUUUUUAGUCCAGUUUAUUUUAAAUAUAUUGUUUUGAACAAUAUUCACGUGAUUCAAUUUGAUGAUUGUUAUUAAUUUACAUGGAUUUCUCUUUUUGUUGGA